UCCACUGGUCCCCAAACCAGACCCCCUCCGGCCCUUGGCUGCGUCUAGAAAUCCUGUCCAUAAAAGACCAUCUGUGUUGUAGUUUAAAGUGCUUUAGCAAUGAAGCUGAGUUGAGAUUUUCUGCUUCCAGCCAAUCAAAAAGAGACAUUUAAUCUUAGAAAAUUGACUGAUAAUAAACAUGUUUAAUAUAGAAAUGUGGGUUUAAUAAAAAGUACGUUUAAUAUCUACAUAAAGUUUAUUUAUAAGAUGCUUUUAAUCUGACAAACGAGCCUCAUCAGAAUGUUUAAUGUAAUUUAUUGAAUAUGACUGUAAAUGCAUUUAGUUGCUGUCAUGUGGCUGAAUGAUUCAGUUUAUCAGUCUGUACUAGAUUUAUCAUAGCUAUAUUAACCAAAAGGUAAAUGCUGCCAAUAUUACUCAAUACUCCACAUAAUUGAUGAUGUUCCUUGUUUAUUAUGAUAAAGAAAUAAUGUCAGAAUUCAGUAUUUAAAUGAAGAAACAUCACGAGUCAUCCAUCACCAGCCUUUAUGAGCCAUGCUGCCGAACACAGUUGGAGUUCAUUGGUGUGGCCAUCUGGUCUCUAUGACGACCAGCAUGUUGUUACAUCUUUUCUUCGCUCUCAGAUGAAUAGAUCUAUUUAUAUAAAAACAAGCCCAGACAGAGCUUUGCUCCCAGACAGUCAGGUGCUUCAUCCUUGCAAGCCUAAGAAAGUUAGAGAUACCAACUAAAUGUUCAGGUUAUAGUAAAAUAUAUUGAAUUUAUAACAGUUUGAAAUGAGUCUACAUUUGGUGUAGAACGUGUCUUUGUUCAUGGCUCUAGACAGGUAAACUAUCUCACCCAAAAUUUAUGUCACUCUUUCUGAGGAUGGUCUUUGUUUUUUAAAUAUUUCAUGAAGAACAGAUGUGUCACCCUGAUAUUAUUUGCCAUCAUUGCUUGACCUGGUGUAAGAAGGAGUCUUCAUGUCCCCUCACUUGAUCUUUCUUUCAGGAUGAUGGUAAAUGACACCUUCAACAGUUUGACCCUCCAGCUGGAGGGUUUAAGGAUCGAGGAGACAUCUGUGUUCCCCGUCUUUUUGUUUUUUUUCUUCUCUUAUCUGUUCAUUAUGAUCCUGAAUGUUGGGAUUGUGGUUCUGGUUUACAUUGAUAAAGGCCUCCAUCAGCCCAUGUAUUUGUUGUUCUGUAACCUUCCAGUGAAUGACAUCUUUGGAAAUUCUAUCGUUUUACCACGUUUGCUUUCUGACCUACUGAAGCAUCCCUCCGAGUUACUGAUCAGCUACUAUGGGUGCGUUCUUCAGGCCUUCUCCACACAUUUGUUCGGCACCACUUCCCACACGGUGCUCAUGAUCAUGGCCUUUGACAGAUAUGUUGCUAUCUGUAAUCCUCUACGUUACUCUGCAAUAAUGACCAACAGAAUGGUGAUGAAGCUGACGGUCUCUGCCUGGGGGGUGGCCUUUGUUCUGGUCGGGGUUCUGCUGGGUCUGACUAUACGGCUGAACCGAUGCAGGACUCUCAUCACUAAUCCAUACUGUGACAACGCCUCGUUGUUUAAGCUGUCCUGUGAGAGUGUGGUGAUUAAUAACAUCUACGGCCUGACCUUCACCGUGGUUCUGUUCACAGUCUCUAUAGGCAGCAUUGUUCUCACCUACACUAAGAUCACGUUGGUCUGUCUGAGGAAUAAGAACAAGUCCUUGAACAGUAAGGCCUUGAAGACCUGCAGCACCCACCUGGUGGUGUAUCUCAUCAUGCUUUUCUGUGGAAUACUUAUUAUAACACUGCAUCGUUUCCCUCAGUACUCAGACCAGAGGAAAAUAUCUGCCAUCCUCAUCCAUAUCAUCCCUUGCAGCCUGAAUCCCAUCAUCUAUGGAGUUCAAUUUAAGGAAAUAAAAAGAUUCCUCUCUAAUAUCUUUAGGUCUAGAAAGGUUUAAUCUUCAUAUUGAAAACAAUAUUUUUAUAGUUUACCAAUGUAGUCGAGCAGAUUUAGAAAAUAAAUAUUUUCUUUAAACGUAAAUAGCUGUUUUUUAUUUAUUUUUUAACCCAAUUUUUAAUCCUCUGAAUGUAAUCUAAAUGUUUGAAAUGUUUUCGUUUCUUGUGCUUUAUAUAUUAGUUAUUCAGAAUUUUAACUGGUAGUUUUUAUGUUUAUAAAAUAACACCAAAGAAAAGAAAAAAAAUCAGCAGAUUGAAAUUUAAAUCAUGAUGUACAAACAAAGCUUUUCUCUGAAGAAGAUUUAAUGUCAGAUUUUGGACUCUAUGAAUGAAGAUUUUAGCAGCUUGCAUUUCUCUUUCAGAAGAACUCAGUGACCCAAAGGCCCACUUUAACAGCAGUUUGUGCACCAGUUUGAAGUGAUUUUUCCCAUACAAAUUACAACAAUGCUUCAUAUUUUUGGCCUUGGGGUCAGUUCAGUGAACACAGCUAACUUGUACAACAUAACGUAUCUGGAAAACCAGAGAACUUCUUUGUGCUGAAACUGAAAAACGUUCAGCUGGUCAGUUUGUAUUCAGGUGCUGGGCGCUCAGGGACCACAGCGACCCCUGGUGGGCAACAGGUUUCAUCAGUCUGGGUUCUAUCAGCAAGCAUGUUUCCAGAACAAAUGAAUCCCACUGUGAGCUGCUCCAUAGAAACACUUAUUAACAGUUUCUGAUGAAAAUUAGUCCUGUGGGAGGAAACCAGAAGAUGUCUAUUACAGCUCAGACAAUAACACUGAUUACAGGAGGUGUGGAGUUCUCUAUGGGCAUUCUCAGGUUGUUAAAGUCUGACUUGAACUGAAUGUCACACGGAGUGAGAAUUAUAUUCUAUAAAUUGCUUUAUUAAAACCUUUAAAAAAUGAAAUAAUAAAAGAUUUCAUCUUCA